AUGGGCCACCUAGGGAUCGCCGUGCUGGAGGCCGCCGUAGGCUCGGGCGUGGCAGAGGUUGAGCGGAGGUCGUCGGUACGCAGGAUCGUGUGUGGCGGAGCUCGAGAGGAGGCGGGUGCCGGCGCCCACGGGCCGACAGGAGGAGGCGGCGCUCUGCCCGAUCUUCCUGGAGCCCGGCCCCGCGCUUCGCGGACGUGCCGGUGUGCCUGCUCGCCAGCCGCCGUGACCCGUGAGCUCGAUGGCCUGGGCGUCGACGCCGAUGCACUCCGCCUGCUGGCACACCGUCUUCCACAGCCACCUGGGCUCCGUGGUAUGCCCGCGGGCUUAAUUGGGAAGCCUCAAAAGCCACUCCAUUGA